CCUUUUCCGACAGCUGCCAUUUCAUUCAUUGUGUAUGUGGCAGCCGCGAGUGAGGAUUAUCUGUUGUUCUUUCCCCAAAAUUAAAUGAUUAUCAUCUAAUUAGAUACUUAAUGUAGAAUUUAACAUAAUAACACCGCGCUUUGAAAGAGUCGAUAUUUAUUCAGUUUCGUGUACUUAGGGUUGAAGACACACGCAACCAUGGCGCAAAUGUUACCAAUACGUUUCCAAGAGCAUUUACAGCUUACAAAUGUCGGAAUCAACCCAGCUUCAAUAUCAUUUAAUACUCUCACAAUGGAAUCUGACAAGUUCAUCUGUGUUCGUGAGAAAGUGGGUGAGACUGCCGAGGUGGUGAUAAUCGACAUGGCAGAUCCGACCAAUCCUAUCCGCAGGCCAAUUAGUGCUGACUCUGCCAUCAUGAAUCCUGCGAGCAAGGUCAUUGCUCUUAAAGGGAAGGCUGGAGUUGAAGCUCAAAAAACGCUUCAAAUCUUCAAUAUCGAAAUGAAGUCCAAAAUGAAAGCGCACACCAUGACAGAGGACGUAGUGUUCUGGAAGUGGAUCUCAUUGAACACACUCGCCCUCGUCACAAAGAUGUCCGUUUACCACUGGUCUAUGGAGGGGGACUCUACGCCAGUGAAGAUGUUUGACAGGCACGCGUCGCUCGCUGACUGUCAGAUCAUCAACUAUAGGACCGAUCCCAAACAGCAAUGGCUCCUGCUUGUCGGUAUAUCUGCUCAGCAGAACCGUGUAGUAGGCGCCAUGCAGUUGUAUUCUGUGGAGCGCAAAUGUUCUCAGCCCAUAGAGGGCCACGCGGCCUCCUUUGCCACGUUCAAAGCUGAAGGCAACGCGGAACCCUCUACUCUGUUCUGCUUUGCUGUGCGAACUGCACAGGGUGGCAAGCUUCAUAUCAUCGAGGUUGGUCAAACCCCAGCUGGCAACCAGCCGUUUCCCAAGAAGGCAGUGGAUGUAUUCUUCCCGGCCGAAGCACAAAACGACUUCCCCGUGGCUAUGCAAGUAUCGCCCAAGUAUGACGUCAUCUACCUCAUCACCAAAUACGGUUACAUACAUAUGUAUGACAUCGAGACUGGCACUUGUAUAUACAUGAAUCGGAUCUCUUCGGACACUAUCUUCGUCACUGCACCACACGAAGCCACUGGCGGUAUUAUCGGCGUUAACCGCAAAGGGCAAGUUUUGUCAGUGACUGUAGAAGAGGAUUCGAUCGUGCCAUACAUCAACACGGUGCUCCAAAACCCUGAGUUGGCGCUACGUCUCGCCGUACGCAAUAAUCUUGCUGGCGCCGAAGAGUUGUUUGUCCGGAAGUUCAACAUGUUGUUUACUAACGGACAGUACGGCGAAGCGGCUAAGGUGGCGGCGAUGGCUCCCCGCGGCAUCCUGCGCACGCCGCAGACGAUCCAGCGGUUCCAGCAGGUGCCCACGCAGCCCGGACAGACCUCGCCGCUGCUGCAGUACUUCGGCAUCCUGCUGGACCAGGCCCAGCUCAACAAGUUCGAGUCGCUCGAGCUGUGCCGACCUGUGUUGCUGCAAGGUCGCAAGCAACUUCUUGAGAAGUGGCUCAAGGAAGAAAAACUAGAGUGUUCUGAAGAGCUCGGUGAUCUGGUGAAGCAAGUCGACCCCACUCUAGCCCUGUCGGUGUAUUUACGUGCUAAUGUCGCCAGCAAAGUUAUUCAAUGCUUUGCAGAAACCGGACAAUUCCAAAAGAUUGUGCUUUAUGCUAAGAAGGUUGGUUAUACACCAGACUACAUUUUCCUUCUACGCUCCGUAAUGCGUACCAAUCCUGAACAAGGCGCUGGUUUCGCUGGCAUGCUCGUGGCGGAGGAACCUCCUCUAGCUGACAUCAAUCAGAUAGUGGACGUGUUUAUGGAGCAGAAUAUGGUUCAACAAUGUACAGCAUUCCUUCUCGAUGCACUCAAGAAUAAUCGCCCGGAGGAAGGACCGCUGCAGACGAGGUUGCUGGAGAUGAACCUGAUGUCGGCGCCGCAGGUGGCGGACGCGAUCCUCGGCAACGCGAUGUUCACCCACUACGACCGCGCGCACGUGGCGCAGCUCUGCGAGAAGGCGGGCCUGCUGCAGCGCGCGCUGGAGCACUACACCGACCUGUACGACAUCAAGCGGGCCGUCGUUCACACCCACUUACUCUCUGCGGACUGGUUAGUCUCCUAUUUCGGUAGUCUAUCUGUAGAAGAUUCUCUGGAAUGUCUCAAGGCGAUGCUCCAAGCUAAUAUCAGACAGAACCUGCAGAUCUGCGUACAGAUCGCCACCAAGUACCACGAGCAGUUGACCACUAAAGCUCUGAUUGAACUGUUUGAAAGCUUCAAGACUUACGAGGGCUUGUUCUACUUCCUCGGCUCCAUUGUCAACUUCAGCCAAGAUCCGGAAGUACAUUUCAAGUAUAUACAGGCGGCUUGUAAAACGGGCCAGAUCAAGGAAGUGGAACGCAUCUGCCGCGAAUCGAACUGCUACAACGCUGAGCGAGUCAAGAACUUCCUGAAGGAGGCGAAGCUUCCCGAUCAAUUGCCGUUGAUCAUUGUGUGCGACCGGUUCGACUUCGUACACGAUCUAGUUCUCUACUUGUACAGGAACAGCUUGCAGAAAUAUAUUGAGAUUUACGUACAAAAGGUGAAUCCGUCCCGUCUACCGGUAGUAGUGGGCGGUCUUCUAGAUGUGGACUGCGCUGAAGAUAUCAUCAAGAAUCUUAUUCUAGUGGUGCGUGGUCAGUUCUCUACUGACGAACUGGUUGCUGAGGUCGAGAAGAGAAACAGGUUGAAACUUCUACUGCCGUGGUUAGAGACACGAGUGCAUGAGGGCUGCAAUGAGCCGGCUACUCACAACGCUCUUGCCAAGAUCUACAUAGACUCCAACAACAAUCCCGAAAGAUUCCUUAAGGAGAACCAAUGGUACGAUUCACGAGUGGUCGGUCGUUAUUGUGAAAAGCGCGAUCCUCACUUAGCGUGCGUCGCGUAUGAACGGGGACAGUGCGACCGUGAACUUAUAGCGGUCUGCAACGAUAACUCACUGUUCAAGACUCAGGCGAGAUAUCUAGUGAGGAGACGAGACCAAGAUCUAUGGCUUGAAGUACUGGCAGAGUCCAAUCCGUACAAGAGGCAACUUAUCGAUCAGGUAGUGCAAACUGCCCUGUCUGAGACUCAAGACCCUGAAGAUAUCUCGGUGACAGUAAAGGCAUUCAUGACGGCAGACUUGCCCAAUGAACUGAUUGAGCUGCUUGAGAAGAUCGUACUCGACAACUCCGUGUUUUCUGACCACAGAAAUCUACAGAACCUGCUCAUUCUUACAGCAAUAAAGGCGGAUCGUUCACGUGUGAUGGAGUACAUCAAUCGGCUGGAUAACUACGAUGCGCCGGAUAUCGCUAACAUCGCGAUCAAUAACGAACUAUACGAGGAGGCCUUCGCUAUAUUCAAGAAGUUUGACGUCAACACCUCUGCCAUUCAGGUGUUGAUAGAACAAGUGAAGGACCUAGAACGUGCCUACGAGUUUGCCGAGCGUUGCAACGAGCCCGGAGUGUGGUCUCAGUUGGCUAAAGCUCAGCUCCAACAGGGGUUAGUGAAGGAAGCCAUUGAUUCUUACAUAAAGGCAGACGAUCCCUCCGCUUAUAUGGAUGUGGUCAGCACCGCUACCAAACAACAGUCAUGGGAGGACUUAGUGCGGUAUCUCCAGAUGGCCCGCAAGAAGGCGCGCGAAUCGUACAUAGAAUCAGAGUUGAUAUACGCGUACGCCCGUACCGGACGUCUAGCUGACUUGGAGGAGUUCAUAUCCGGUCCGAAUCACGCGGACAUACAGAAGAUCGGCGACAGAUGUUUCGAUGAUAAGAUGUAUAACGCCGCCAAAUUGUUGUACAAUAACGUUAGCAACUUUGCUCGACUUGCCAUCACUUUGGUGCACCUUAAGGAGUUCCAAGGUGCGGUGGACAGUGCCCGCAAAGCUAACUCUACUCGUACGUGGAAGGAAGUAUGUUUCGCGUGCGUGGACGCUGGAGAAUUCCGUCUCGCUCAGAUGUGUGGAUUGCACAUAGUUGUGCACGCCGACGAACUAGAAGACCUCAUCAACUAUUACCAGGACCGAGGUCACUUUGACGAAUUGAUCAGCCUUCUAGAAGCAGCUCUAGGAUUGGAGAGAGCUCAUAUGGGCAUGUUCACGGAGCUUGCCAUUCUCUACUCCAAGUACAAACCUGCUAAAAUGAGGGAACAUCUCGAAUUGUUCUGGUCUAGAGUCAACAUACCAAAGGUGUUACGCGCGGCGGAGCAAGCGCAUCUGUGGUCAGAGCUAGUGUUCCUGUAUGAUAAAUACGAGGAGUAUGAUAAUGCAGCGCUCACUAUGAUGCAACAUCCGACAGAGGCAUGGCGAGAGGGACACUUCAAGGAUAUCAUCACUAAGGUGGCGAAUAUGGAGCUUUACUACAAGGCGAUUCAGUUCUACCUGGACUACAAGCCUCUGCUGCUGAACGACUUGCUGCUAGUUCUGGCACCUCGUAUGGAUCACACGCGUGCUGUCACGUUCUUCACCAAGGUUGGACAUCUGCAGCUGGUGAAGGCAUAUCUGCGAUCUGUGCAGAGCCUCAACAAUAAAGCGGUCAACGAGGCCCUCAACUCACUGCUCAUAGACGAGGAAGACUAUCAGGGUCUGAGAACGUCUAUAGACGCUUUCGACAAUUUCGACACGAUUGCGCUGGCGCAACAGUUGGAGAAACACGAGCUCACCGAAUUCAGAAGAAUCGCCGCGUACCUGUACAAGGGUAACAACAGAUGGAAGCAGAGCGUGGAGCUUUGCAAGAAGGACGCGUUAUACGCGGACGCGAUGGAGUACGCGGCCGAAUCACGUCAGCCUGACGUCGCCGAGGAGUUACUGAACUGGUUCCUGGAGAGAGACAACUUUGAAUGCUUCUCCGCUUGCCUCUACCAGUGUUAUGACCUCCUGAAACCUGACGUUGUUAUUGAACUCGCGUGGCGACAUAACAUCAUGGACUUUGCCAUGCCUUUCCUUAUUCAGACCGUCAGGGAAUUGACGACGAAAGUAGAAAAAUUAGAGGAAGCUGACGCGAAACGAAGCACUGAGAGCGCGGAGCAUGAGGCCAAACCAGCCAUGAUUAUGGAGCCACAGUUGAUGCUUACAGCAGGUCCGUCUAUGGCGUAUCCCGGUGUGCCGGCGCAGGCAUCUCCGUACGCGUACGCGGCACAGGCGCCCUCGCCCGCGCCCUACCACGGGUACGGCAUGUAGGGAACCCUGCCCCCGCAACCAUGGGGGACAUACAACCACUAUUGAACACAACCACCACACUAUAUACACAAUCUACUUAUUAUAUAUCUACAAUUAAACUAGUCAUCACUUUUACCCACUGGUCUAUAUUGUGAAAUCGAGAUGAAUAAUUUAUUUCUAUUGAAACUAAUUGCACUCGUCUGCUAAAAUACUAUGAAAUACAAAAUUUUAUAGUUACCAGUCUGAUAGUAAUGUUUACAAAAUUGUUAAAGUCUCGUCUUUAAGUUUUACUCGUUGAGCUUUGAGCUGCUUCUCAUAUAAAGAUAUCGAGAAGAACCAGCGAGGUGUUUAAAGAGUAUGACUUUGACAAUUAGUUGUUCUUAUGAGGAAUGAGUUUUGCUUGAUGAGAAUUAAAUAAUACUCUUCAACGAAUUGGACUGCACAAAUUUCUAAGAAGCAGAACUACUAGUGAGGUAAAAAUUUAUUAGUUUCAUUGUAGAAAUAUUGAGUAGAACUAAUGGAAGCGCACCCCAGAUACGUGCUACUUCCAUCAAAAGACAGUGAAGUGCAGUGACCGGUGUAGUGAUAAAAGUUAAUAUGCAUAUGUACUUCUCGUUUAAUUUGUUUCAGCAGAAACGAGAGAAUACUCUCUGUGCACUUGCAAAUUUAAAGAUUUUUUUUUUAUACAGGAAUUAUCUUUUGUACAUCAGUGAGGCCUAAUUGAUUUUUUUUUUUAUUUUUAUUAAAAAGAAAGUAUUAUAAUUUAUGAUUGGAAGUGCACGGGGGAGGUCGCGUAGGAAAAAAAAAUUAAUCGAGUUGAUCGAAUUCGAUAUGAAAUUGAUAAAAUUGUUAGCUGUACAAAUUAUAUUGAUAGCCAAUAGCUCUCAUGAAUUAAAGUGCUUUAUUUUUGUCAGUAAUGAGGAGCGAAUAUUAGAUAAAUUUAAUCAUGUCACAGCUUUAUGACAUAUGGAUUUUAUCAGUGUAGCGUUAGCUGAUAGUGGUCAAUGGUCAUCGUUACAUAUUUAGCCGACAAUUCGUCUGCUGUUUUCAUGACCAUUUAAUUGUUGAAUCCCUUUGUAUCUAUCAUAGUUAGUCUAUGUGCUCGCAUGUUCAAAUUGUUACAAAAGGUUUAGAUCAUGUAUUUAUGAGAUUUAUAAUGUUCAUCAUCUUUAUAUUCUUCAUUACUGUGUACCUACCCAAAUAAAUAUUAUUGAAUGAUAAUAUUAAAAGUUUAACGUAAAUUAAUUACUAUUUUACUUGAGCAAUUGCAACCAAAUUAUAGGUUUGCUAUCGGAGACUAAUAAAUCUGCCACUAAGUGCAUAGUAAAUAUUAUUAUCUACAUAGUGGUUGUAAACUGUUAAAAAUUGUGACGAAAUCGUUUUUUUAUUGCUAUCUUGAUGAGCAGCUUAUGUUACAGAAACCGAAAAGAGGUUUUGUAAUAUUUCUACAAAAUCCAUGAACAAACGGUGCCUUAAAUCACCGUUUUAGACUGUGCAAUAAUAAAUUUGGUCUACAGUAACAAACAUAAUCGCAAUUUGUAUUGUAACAUCUAAUAUAAUGUAAAAACAUAGUGUCUUUAUUAUAUGUAUGUAUAUAAUGCUUUCACAGCUGUGCAUUCGUCCUCAGGCCAGUUGAGUUAGGUUAAAAAUAGCAACUGAAUAAUCGAGUUUAUUCGAAAGAAAAAAAAAAAAUUAAUUAUUUUCUAUUUAGAGAUGUUUAGGUUUAGCUUAGGUGGAGUAAUGAGUGUUAAGAUGUUAUUAUUUUGAGUAAUGUACGAGACUUGUAACUAUCACGCGUGUUGGUUUAGUUGCGUAAUUCUAUGAUCACAUUUUGAUUGAUGCCUUCACUAGAUUAUAAGUCGUAUAUUAUAUAUUCAGUCUUUCUGGGCGCCUACUCUUAAUUUCUUUCACGAUUACUUUUGUAGAGAUCAAUUAUACUUGUUUCUUUAUUAACAAAUUCCCAGAUUGACAAGGAGCUAUUCUAAUAGCACGUGUAAAUGCCACAUGUUACAUUUAGUAACUUAGGUCUGUGGUUGAAAUAAAAACAUUAAUCUUAACUGUUCAUUCGAAUCAUUCCUGUCAUUACAAUUUAUGAUCAAUAAUAUUGUUAUUAUUCAUUUUUAUGUUUCUUUAUUAAUAACAAAUAUAUUAACUUAAAAUUGAGCUAAAGUUGAAUUGUUUAUUAUUAGGAUUGUAUUUAUUAAUGUAUAAUACUAUUUCCCUGAAUUUUAUCAUAGUAAGAAUAUAUUAUAUGAAUAAAUG